GUAAUAGUGUUGUCUGACAGAGACGAGGCAAGAGGUUGGGGAUGAUAAUACUACUUUCUCAGCAAAAUUUGCCCCCAUUAGCUUCAAUCUUCCCGCCGAAAUUCCUUCUCUUCCCUCCGAAACCCUAACCCUUACUCUCCAUAUCUUCGUCGCUGCAUUUAAGGUUUUCAUGUGGUUACGUCGCUGUUCGCAGAUGAAUUGAGUGAAAUGGUGUCGCUUGGGGAUGGUACUGGUGAAUUUAGACCCACUGAAGGGAACAAGAAUGCCGAUUUCGCCCAUGCCGAGACACAGCCUUUCAAUUCUCAGUCUUCACCGCUUCAAUUUCUCGGUGAUAAAAUUGAUGAUCUUGAUGGUCAUGAAUUACAAUCUACACGUGCGGCACUGUUCUAUGAUGAUGUUCCAGUUGAGAAUGCAAUGGAGACACAAGUUGUGAAUCUUGAUGGGGAAACACAAGUGUGGAAUCUAGGUGGUGAAACACAAGUUUUGGAUGAUUCAGAUUAUAUUGAGAAUGUGGGAAUUGACACACAGUUGUUGGAUGAGUUUGAUGAUGAAGUUUCCCUUGAGAGUGAUGGUGAAGGGACAGAUACUACUGAAGUUUUAUCUGAUAAUGAUGACCUUCUUGAUGAUGAGCCAGUUAUAAGAGGCCAUAGUCCAUCAUCUGGUGAGAAGAAGAUUAAGGGUACUUCUUUUUGUGAGCAUGACUGUAAUGGUACAAUGGAGCAAUCUGAUGCUUUGAUUGAUAAACAGAGAAGUUCAGCACUACUUGGUUCUGUAAUAACACCAGAAGUUAAAAUUACCCAAGAUCCAAAAUCAGGGCCUGCUCCAAGGUUUACCUCAAUCCGUGUAGCAUCUUUGCGGGCUUCUGCUCUGGCAGCACGCAAUUCGGGUCUAAAAGUUACUAAGAGGGGUUCUUCUUCUGUGCUGGCUGAUAGUCAGUUUCUGGACCAACUCACUGUCCACAAUAAUGGGGCAAAUGCAGAAGGUGGAAAGGACAAUGUUCAGAUACAUGAUCUGGAGAAAAAUGAGACCUUGAAAGCAUUGAGUGAGAGAAACAAUAGAAAAGUUGGUCGUUCGGCAGCAAGAAAACUCUUUGCUGAGGAAUCACUUACUGAUAACAAUAGAUUUUCCUCCACUAAUGAAAAUUCAGAUGCAAGAGAGGACAUGGAUCCUCUCAGUGAUGUUCUUUUGGCAGGUUUAAGUUAUGUUGACUCUCAAGAACCUGGGGAACUGUCCCAAGCCAAUGCACUUAAUUUUGUGGAGAGGCUUAUUAAUGAUAAUCUGAAGGAGUUUGAUAUUGAAGUUGAUUGUGGAAAGAGUACCAGGGAAAAGCCAAAUCCUGUUUUAAGUGCAAAAGGACCAAAAGAUUUGGCCAAGAAAGCCAAUGAAAGAAUCAUAUUUGGAGAAACAUCUAUCUUUGAAUGGGAUGAUAAUUGUGAGGAUGACGGAGGGGGAGAUAUUUUCUGUAGGAGGAAGGGAAAAUUCUAUGGUAGUAGAAGCCAGGCAAGGAAAUCUUUAACUGAACCCCACAGGCCUAAAGGAAGGAAACUAGAUGGAUAUAGAGAUAAAAGAGAGCAACUAUGUGGUCUUGAUAAAAUUAUGGCUCAUUCCGAUUCAAAGACAAAAGAGGAAAAGCAGACAGGGCAAGAAGCUGAAAUGAAAUUUAGAAGGAAUCUUAUCAAUGAGUUUGAUCAACAGAGCAAUAUAGAUUCCUCAAGAGGACAGUUGAAGGCCAAUGCUAUUGAGGCAGAUAUGCCAGAAGAGCAAAAUGUAGGUCCUGAUACUCAAAUGGCUGCUGAAGCUAUGGAAGCCUUGUGCUGUGGUGAGGGGAUAACUGACUAUGGUGCUAAUGUUGACUACCAAGGUGUCCAAAACGACCCUAAGGGUUCCCCUAAAGCUUCUCCUGGAGGAAAGCAUAGAAAGAGGGUUUUGCACAGGCAAUCAACAGCAGGAACUAAGGUUUGUCAUUCUGAUAUUGAUCUUGCCACAAGACAAUCAAAGAGGACUAAGAAGCUUGGUGCUAGAUUAUGUGAAGAGCCAUCUAUCUUGUUGCAGAAAUGUUCCAAGAAUGUCAGGAAGAAAUGUCAUACAGAGCUACUGAUACCAAAAACAAAGAGGGCUAAGUCACAUUUUGAAAAACACCAUACUGCCAAUGGUAGUGAAGGCUUGGGUAUAACUCACAAGACUAUUAAUGAAAGAAACGAAGAUACAUUGACUGAAAGAAGUGAAACACAUGAGUCUACUACACUUCACAGCAUUGUAAAACUAGCUGGAGAUAGCUCAAUCAAGGGGUCAUAUUUUCAGGAGAAAGUUUGCACUCCUACACCCAUUGCUCAUCAAACUAGGCAGUCUAUGGAUGUAAAUUUUCAAGGGGCCGAGAAAACACCAACUGCUGCUACUGAAGUUUCAAGCCAUAUAGUGGAGGCUAGUUCCGUUCAAGAGAACAUAACUGGUAGCUUCCCAAAACAAAGAAGAUCCCAUCGGAAACUGUCUGUUAAUAUUAAUGAAUCUAAUAAUUUGGAUGCUUUGUCCAAACCAGCUGUUUGGCUAGAGGAGAACUGUAAAUCUAAUGCUGGGCUUAAACCAUCUAGAAGCUAUGUUGGAAGUACUUGUGUUGAUUUGAGCAUUAGGAGGAAAACACUAGCAUCUGCAGGAAAAAUGUCAGAGACAAGUAAUGAUGUUCACCACUGCUCUGCUGAUAUGAAUGGGAAGAUGAAAUCCAGAAUUAUGGGAGCCAAGGAAAUCAAUCAUUCUGACAGGAGUGACGCAAUUUUGCUAGCUUCUGAGAGCAUGGAAACAGAUUUCACUGUACAUAAAUCACCAAAUGGGAAACCUAAACCUUCAGUAUGUACUACCCCAGUUAACUGUGCAACACCCAUCAACUCUGCAUCGCCUGUUUGCAUGGGUGAUGAAUAUUUUAAACAAUCAUGCAAGAAGAACCUGUCAAGAUAUUCCCUCAUGAAAGAAAUCAGAAGUCUUAGCCCCUUGGAGCCAGAGCCUAUUUCUCCACUUAAAGAUUUAAGAAAGAGGAGGGAUUUGGCAAAUGUUCGGAUUAUGUUUAGCCACCACUUGGAUGAUGAUAUAAUUACACAGCAGAGAAAGAUCUUGGCCCGCCUAGGGAUUUCUGAAGUCUCCUCUAUUGUAGAUGCAACACACUUUGUGACAGAUAAAUUUGUGCGCACAAGGAAUAUGUUAGAAGCAAUUGCUUCUGGUAAACCAGUUGUUACACGUCUAUGGCUUGAGAGUGUUGGACAGGUUAAUAUUCACAUUGAUGAGGAAACUUAUAUACUGAGGGACAUCAAAAAGGAAAAGGAGUUUGGCUUCUGUAUGCCGGUCUCUUUGGCACGUGCACGGAAAAAUCCAUUGUUAGAGGGUCGAAGAGUUUUCAUCACGCCAAAUACGAAACCGGGUAAAGAAAUAAUUUCAAGUUUGGUAAAGACAGUUUGUGGCCAGGCUGUAGAGAGAAUUGGCAGAUCUGUUUUGAAGGAUGAUAAUAUGUCAGAUGAUUUAUUGGUUCUAUCUUGUGAAGAAGAUUAUACAAUUUGCGUGCCCUUUCUUGAAAAAGGGACAGCAGUUUACAGUUCAGAGCUGCUACUGAAUGGAAUAGUUACUCAAAGGCUGGAGUAUGAAAGGCAUCGUCUCUUCACGGAACUCGUUAAGAGAACCCGCUCUACCACACGGCUGAAAAACAAUGAUAAGUUCCUUCCUGUAAGAAAGCAUAAAUAAAACAAAAAUGUUUAGUGCAGUUUGAGAUAGGGGGCGACCCCCUAAUGGUGGGAACAUCCAAGGGUCUCCUUUUAACCGUCCGAAUACAAGGGACCCUAGAUAAAAUCUUGUACAUUCUUCUUCUCUUCUAUUUUCAUUUCUGUUCUUUAUUGCAAUGUCGUCUUAAUGUCCAGCCAUGUAUCUGUACAUAUUACGGAUUUUCAUCGGUUUGUAAUUCGUAAUGCUAAAAUGUACAUCUUUUUAUACAAUAAUAAUGUAUAUUUCUUGUCCAUUCCUUUCGUGGCAUUUUUGAUAGUAUGAAAAUGACUGAUCAAUAUGCCAAGAAAACAUUGAUUCCCUCACCCUCUGCAUAUGCUACUACCAUGCCAGGAACAAACAUUGUAAUAAGGUAGAUUAUUCUUGAAUUGAUCCGUGCUUGGGCCAAAAUAUGUACACUGAUCCUCCUGCAAAAUAGUAGGCACUAACUCUAGACGCAUUAUCAUACCGGGUUAGUACCAGAGUUCUGCCCAACCUGAACUCGCCAGGUAAAAUACUUGAUAUACAAUGAAUUUAGUGUCAUGGAAAUCCCAAACCCCAGCACUGCCGCAAGAAGUAUUGCAAAAAUAGCCUUAAAAUUAAGCUGCAGAGACAUAAUAAAAGGACUCAAAUAAUAUAGAUUGAUGAAGCCA